AGGCUGGGGCGUGUCUCUCUCCAUACUAGUAACUGGUUCACAGCGUCAGCACUGAGUUGAUGAUAAUUUAGAAGCAUCUUCUCCCUGUCAUACUUACUUAUAUUUGAUGUAGAACUGGUAUCUGUAUCUGUAAGACAAUGCAGUUGUUGUACAUAUUCGUUUACUCUUUGCAAGUUUCAAAAACUACACCGUGCCCGUCGUCACGCCAGAACCUGUCAUCAACGACCGGUCUCUAAAUAAGCACGUCCUCUGGCCGUGUAUAGCAUAGAGACGGUGUCGAAGAGCAGAUGAUCCCACGUCCUUCACAGUCUGAUAGCAUCUGCAGAAAAUAACUGCCAACCGGUAAUACCUGAACAGUACUUUCUUCUCCGGAAAAUGCCGACCGGAAACGACGACACGGCGUCUUCCGAAGAUACCCCGAAGGGAGCCGACGGAGAAAUGAGGGAAGAUGCUGUUGUGUGGACGAGAGAGAGUAUUUAUGAGAUGAUGCGGAACAGGUCUCGGGAUCAGAAUUUCCGUUUCGUUGGGAGGGACAUUGUUAUAACGGAGAGGAAUGUUGGGGACAUGACAGCCAUUGGGACCAAACUGUGGACAACGGCUGAGGUGUUCAGUCAGUACCUGGAGAGCGGCAUCUUCCCUCUGCAGGAUAAGAAGGUGAUAGAACUGGGUUCUGGGACCGGGCUGGUCGGGAUCGUGACCAGUCUGCUGGGUGCUGAUGUGACCUUGACUGACCUUCCUGACAUCAUCUAUAACCUUGAACCUAACGUGGCGAUCAACACUCGGGGAGUCAAGCAUCCUCCCACCGUGUGCCCUCUAGCGUGGGGCGUGGAUCUGCAUUCGUUCCCCAAGGCAGCACACUAUGACUACGUCAUCGGGAGUGACCUGGUCUAUGACGCUGAUGUUUUUGAAGGAUUGAUUCAGACAAUAAAAUACCUGAGCGAUGCGGACACAACCAUCCUGCUGGGUUUUCACCUGCGGGUUCCUGACCGAGACCUGAAGUUUUUAAACAUGUUCACUAAUGAGUUCAAGGUGGUCAAAGAACACGAACUGCCCAAUCAGGGAAAGGCUGUUCGUCUGUAUGAGGCCAGAACAAAAUAAAUCUCUGAGUACAAUGUAUAGAAAUGAAAUCAGAUCCUUGUCACAUAUGUCAUACAACAGGUGUUCUCAGUCUCUCAAAGUACAGAAACAAAUCAUAGAAACACAACAAUAUAACAACAGACAUACUUAGAGACUACAGGUAAUCUACCUUGCAAAAGACCAUGUGGUAUGGGUGAGAAUGUGCUUUUACCAUUACUAGUAGAAUUUCUAGCAUUAUUUUUUUCAUAUACAUGUACUAUGAAAUAUUCAUGGCAUAGGUUGUCACAAGUCAACAUGAAUUUGACAUCAAGAGAAAUCCUGGUAUAGAUGGGACAGACUUGUAUACUGUUCACCCAAAAUUAUCAAAAUAAAAACAUAAAAUCAAAAAGUGACACUCAUCGAGUCAUCCUCUAUUAGUUCUGCACAAGAUGGACAAACCGUUUGGUCAUGAAUGCAACUGCACCUGUACCCUCCUCAGUUUACUUUAAAAA